CUCGUUUUCUUUUCUCUGAACUUGACCGGACAUGUCUACGAGCCCAUUGAGAGGGAAGCUUGCACUCAUAACCGGCUGCACCGGUGGCAUCGGCCGCGCGACCGCGCUUGCGCUAGCCAAACAAGGCCUGAACAUCGCUAUCCACUACAACGCCAACUCCACAUACGCCGCCUCGCUCCAAGGCGAGCUUGAACAGCUCGGGGUGCACUCGGCGGCGUUCCAGGCGGACAUGGGUGACUACGACGAGGUGCGCAGGCUGCACCGCGAGGUGGUGGGGAGCAUGGGCCACCCCGAUGUGCUCUUCAACAACGCCGGAACGACGGGGAAGGUGAUUGGACGGGAGGGCCAGAUCGAAGAUUUGGAUAUGGCUGUGUUUGAGAGCACUUGGAAGGUUAAUGCUGGGAGUAGCUUCCUGCUGACCCAGCUAUGCGUCCCGCACAUGGUCCAGCAGAAGUUUGGCAGGAUCAUCUUUAACUCCAGCGUUGCUGCUGGCACCGGAGGGGUCAUCGGGCCCCACUACGCUUCGUCCAAAUCCGCCCUGCACGGCAUGAUGCACUGGAUCGCGCAGCGCUACGCCAAAGACGGGAUCACGUGCAACGCCAUCGCGCCAGCUCUCAUUGUUGAAACGGGGAUGAUGGGCAACCCGAAUCCCGAGAAUAUGAAAAUGAUCCCAGUCGGCCGGUUCGGUAAACCGGAGGAGAUAUCGUCGAUAGUGGAGAUGCUCGUGGGCAACGCGUACAUGACGAACAAGAUUAUUGUUGCGGAUGGAGGCUGGACAGCUGGGGCGUUCUGAGUAGGCCUCGGGGGCAGGUACUUGUGCUUCACAGCGUCGAAAGAAUAUCUGCUGCAACGGGACAUGUCCGAGAGCGUAACGACGUCCGUUGUUUGCUCUCCGGUAUCAGGCAUCAGAGGUACACUCGGUGCGAACGCAAACGCCUGCCUCGUAAUCAUCACAUCGCGCUCUGGCUGCCGUCCAUCCUUCUACCCUCGGCCUUUCUUUGUGUUUCUUCCCUGUGUUCACGCUCCACGCUCCAACGUUCGG